AUGCCAGUUUUCGGACAAUACUUAACUGAAGCUCAAAUGAAGGAGUUGCGCGAAAUCGCGCAAGCAAUCGUAGCUCCUGGAAAAGGGAUCUUAGCUGCCGAUGAGAGCACUGCAACAAUGGGGAAACGGCUCCAAAACAUUGGUGUGGAGAACACUGAAGAACACCGAAGACAAUACCGACAGUUGCUAUUCUCGGCUAACCCAGAGGCUGCGAAGCACAUCUCUGGCGUAAUUCUGUUUCAUGAGACUCUCUAUCAAAAGACCGAUGAUGGUCGUCCGCUGGUCGAACUCCUAAAGGAACGUAAUAUUAUUCCUGGCAUCAAAGUUGACAAAGGCGUUGUACCUCUGGCCGGUUCAUUGAACGAAUGUACUACUCAAGGAUUAGAUGGUUUGGCGGAACGAUGUGCUCAAUACAAAAAGGAUGGGUGCCACUUCGCUAAAUGGCGCUGUGUUUUGAAGAUCAGUUCACACACACCAUCUUACCAGGCCAUGCUCGAAAACGCGAAUGUCCUUGCCCGCUACGCAUCUAUUUGCCAACAAAAUGGAUUGGUACCGAUUGUCGAACCGGAAGUCCUUCCCGAUGGUGAUCACGAUCUACCUACUGCUCAGAAGGUUACCGAACAAGUCCUUGCUUUCGUAUAUAAGGCAUUAGCAGAUCAUCAUGUCUAUCUGGAAGGAACUUUACUGAAACCUAACAUGGUAACCGCCGGACAAGGUUGCCCCAAGAAAUACAGUCCACAAGAAAACGCCAUCGCGACUGUUCAGGCCUUACAGAGAACGGUUCCUCCUGCAGUUGCCGGUGUUACCUUCCUUUCUGGAGGUCAGUCCGAAAUACAGGCAACUAUGAACCUGAACGAAAUCAACAAAGUUCCCGGCCGCAAACCUUGGGCACUGACUUUCAGCUUUGGUCGUGCACUCCAAGCUUCUGUCUUGGAUGUUUGGAAGGGACAACCUCAAAAUGUGGCCGCUGCUCAAGAAGAAUUUCUCAAACUGGCAAAGGCUAAUGGCGCUGCAGCUCAAGGUACCUUCACUGCCGAUAUGGCAACCGCUGCUGGAGACAAGUCACUUUUCGUUGCGAACCACGCCUAUUAG